AUGUACUUUCUCUCAAUAGCGUUCGUAUUUGUUUUAUGUCUUUGCUUCAGCGAGGAAUUAGGCGUGUUUGGGUCAAUCAGGGCAAAUAAUGACACUCAUGAAAUCGAAGAAGGUCGUACAAUGAUGUAUCCCAGCCAAAGUUCUUUGCAGGUAUCAAUUUGUACCUCAUCAGGAACACCAUUCUUUGUACCGAAGAAAAAAUAUCCAUUCAGACGGUUGGGUGUGAACAUAGGAAUGCAGUUCAAUUUUAAUCUCCCGUACCGGUUGAAAGAUUUCUAUAAAUUGCCAUAUUGGAGCCGUGCGUUGACGGAUAUAGUGAAGGGGAGAUAUUUGCCAACUGAAAUGACUACUGCUAGGGCAGCCCGGAAGAGGAGGUCGGCAAAGCAUUUGAGUGCAGGUGACAUCUAUGUUGCUUUGGAAGAGGUUCUCCAGCUCAACGGAUAUGACGAAGAUUGUGUGGUGAAAAGUGUGUGCGAGUUGGCACACAGUCCAUUCCACAACGUACAUGAAGACUUGUACGCUGAAAUCCUACAGUUUUUGCUGACGCCAACGGAACAUCAAGCGUUUGAUAUAGUGCAUGAGCGAAAACUGAAAAACAAAUAUGAAUUGGCUGAACGACUUGGACAAAACGGAGCAGACUGCAAUUUGCUGUACCCAAAGUGCAGGAAAUCGUUCUUAACUGAUGUAUCUGGCUAUGUGGAGGAAAAUAAAUUAGAUAUUAUCAGGUAA